AUGAAGCUCACAGCUGGCGUCUUCAGCGCCGCCCUCGGCCUCGCCUUCGUCGCCAACGCCGCUCCGGCGGCCUCGCCCGAGAACCUGGCGCCCGUCCCCUCCGCCAGCGCCAACGCCACCUCCAUCUCCCCCCUCGCCGCCCACACCCCAGCCGAGUUGCCGAGUCUUCAUUACCCCUACAGGCUCCCCAAGAACGGCCACAGCGCCGUCUGUGAGUACUCGAACCAUCCGAUGGUAGACGCCUUUCCUGCCUACGGGCUCAUGAGCAAGCUCGGCGCCACAGUUCCGGACAUCCCCGGUACGUGCGGCGCCCUGUGGGACAACCUGCGCCGCUUCCCGAGCUGCGCGAUCAUUUUCAAUGCGUGGUGCGGCCCGCACCCAAAGAUGGACGGCGUGCUCAUUUGGAAGCUCUCUCUCCCCGCCUACUGCAACCGCGGCAUGAUCGAGUCUGCGUGGUGGGAGGCGACCUUCAACAGCUUUGGCGGCCUCAACUGCGUCGAAGUCGAGUAUCUGGAAUAUCCCUUUAGAUAG